CUGCCCUGCAUCAAGCUGCUCUUGGCUCCGCUCCCCCCCCCCAUCCGCAUCCCACCCGUCGACUCCCCGAGGACAUGAGCCGGUCGACGGUGCGCACCAACAGCGCCGCCAGGGCGUCUGCUCCCGCAUCGUCGGCUCGACGCACAGCGAACCCGUCGGCCUCCAAUCGUCCGCCGCUAUCGUCGUCUUCCUCGUCGGCAUCGCUGGCUUCGUCGUCGUCGCAGGGCAGAACACAUCCACGGGCACCGCCAAAGCAUGCCAAGCCGGCCUCUCCGCAAGUGCCGCGCUCGAUCCUGUCUCCAUCGAAGCAGUCGCAGUCCGUCGCUGCCCGGAGCCUGCACAGCUUAUCGAAUCAUCCUCGUGCCCACGAGUCGGGCAGUGGGCUUUCCGAAUCGUUCGAGACAGACGAUCUCGAAGACCACCAGCCUGUCGUUGUGUCGUCGGCCGGUCCAGGCUCUCCACGCAAGCCAAAUCCAACUCCCCCGCGCUCAUCUUCUCCCUCGCACGAGCCUCUCCAGCCUGGCAAAGUGCCCCGGUCCCCUGAAGCCUCACUUCCCGAUAAUCUCGACGACUACGAUGCUAUAUUCAAGCCUCGUCCCAAAGUUGUCGACGAUCGCCGCAUUAUCCAGACACCUCCUCCUUCGGUACCCGCUGUAGAGGCUUCCAUCAGCACCGUCACCCGCACUACUCUGCCAUCUCAUUAUCAUCAAGAUCGUCCUCAGCCGCAGCCGCAGCCCCUGCAACAACAGCAGCAAUCUCAACUGGCACAUCAUCGUCGACCCGACGCCGCUGCUGAGCCAAUCUCAUAUGGUAGUCGACCACAUACUCCUCAGAGUCAACAUCAACAGGACCAACGCUAUCAGCAACCUCAGCAGGUGUUCCCGUUUCGGAGCCGUCGCGAGCCGUUGGCGGAGCAGCUGCAGCAGAUGUCAAGUUACCACCAUCAGAACUCUCUACCCAGCCAGAAACAGCAGCAACAGCAGCAGGUGGAUCGAACAGCGGCCCAGUUGUACUUUGAGAGACCCAGUCAGAACUACGCGCCGCAGAGCUACCAAGACCCAUCGGCAGCUUGGGAGCUCGCCCAUCGUCCUGCGACCGAUGCAGCCGCCAACCAACGCACGGCGCCUAUCGAGCGCUCUCGGUCGCCCUCACCACAGUCGCAUUCGCCUCACGCUGCCGCUGGCGACCACCGGGCGCUUCCAGGUGGAUAUGUCUUGCCGGCGGGUUCGCCCAAGCUCCCUGUUCCCGAACUUGCGCCUACGUCGCCACGGCAGCCCGAGCCGGUGUCUGCAGCAUCGGCGCGAUCCCAGUCCGAUCUACCGAGCGCUAGGGCCACUUUUGCGCAUCCCACAAGAGAUGGAUCGGUUGUCCUGGACAACGCAGCGUCAGCCCGUCCCGCCAAGUUGAAUGGCAUCAGUAGCGCUGCCGACAUUACACGAGGCGUCGACACUCUCACACUUCGACAAGAUCCCCCAAAAGCCCCUCCUGCCUCGACGCUAUCCCCGACUGCGGAAGAGUCCUCGUCAUCCGACUCAUCAGCACUGCUGCAGUUCUUCCGCAAUCUGGAGUCGCGGCGAAAGGAUCGCAACCAGCGCGACGCUGCAUCCAGCAGGAACGAAAUCGUGCGCACAACCGAAACUGCAAAAGAGGCCAUCGAGCUCUCCGACCGUCUCGACCAACUAGCGCAGGCCAUUCCAUCCCGCCGGGUGGGUUCUGAGCUUGCCACCAAAAUCGAUUCGAUUCGGUUGGGCGUCAAUCACAGUAUCCCAAGCCCAGAAGAUCCACAUGCCACUUCCGGCCCGAUCCUCAUCAACGGAUUAGGCGUAUCGGUCAAUUCGGAUGUCCGCUCUGUCCGAGAUACUUCCCAGCCGAGCGAGCGUCUCCUUCACUCGACCUCAGAAAUGCAUCCAAUCGACGAAGAGGAGAUGGAGCAACUCAACGAGUCACUGGUUGUGAUGGCUCGAUUGGACUCCAAGGUAGAUCGGAUGCAAAAACAGGUCAAAGAGAUGCGGAGAUACUUCAAGGCAUUGCUGUUGGAGGAAGAGGCCAAAUGCUAUCCCGCGGUGGUCAAAAUCCAAGCCGUCUACCGCGGCUACCGGACCCGCAAACUCCUGGGCCCGAAUCUCUAUUCGUGGAUGCGAGACCCGUCACGACCCGACCGGGUGCGAUAUAUGUCUCUCGAGUCUCUGUGGACGACGUGUGAAGGGAUUAGAGGCCCACCAUACAAAAUCCACAGUACAGACGCUCGCGCGCUGAAGAGCUGCAUCAAGAUCCAAGCGUGCUAUCGCGGCCAUAUGGUGCGCCGCCGAGUCCAGACAUACAUCCAGGGCCAUUAUGCAGCCACAAGGAUUCAAGCAGCCUGGCGGGGCUAUUCCGUGCGGACCUUUGAGCACCCUGAUCUGCCCUUCAAGAUCAUGAAGGGCAUCGUGAACUCGCAGCACCACGCAAUCCGCAAACUCCAGGACCAGAUACAGGCUCAAGGAGACCGUGCCCGGCUGAAACAGCAUGCCUUUGAGCAGCAACUGCAGCAGCAGCGCCUCGAACACCAGCGCCAGCUACAGAACCAUAUCAGCCACCAUGCCGAGUGCGAGUUGCGUUGGCAGAGCGACCUCGACCAGCUUCGCAGCCAAGUUGCUCAUCUUGUCGGCAUCAUCUGCGGAGGAAAUACGCCGUCCGUGACUGCGCCCAAGGGCGAGACCGCUGCUGUGAACGGGCCCGGGGCCUCCAUCGAGAGUCCUGCUGUUCUGGUGGAUGUAUCGGCCCAACUUCCUCCGCCAUCGCCAUCACCGUCAUCGUCGUCAUCAGCCGCGUCAUCUCGCGCUCGACCCCCAGGAGCCCUGCCCCCACGCUCUGCAUCCCCGCGCAUCGUUAUAUCUGGAGAGCUUGGUGCAGAUCUGGAGCUUGGAGCGGCCGUGGCUGCGGCCGUAGCUGCAGCCAGCGCGCCGCAAAUCAAAAAGGCCGCCUCCAAGCCAGGGGAGUUCACAACGCAACCAAAGCGAAGCGGGACACCCCGUUCUUGAGUCAUGUGUGUCAUGUGUGUCACUCUUCUCUGGGUGCUGAAUACACGCCCAUCCGUCCAUCGCCCA